GGAUGGAUGUCAGUGCCAUAGGGUUAUUGUUCAAGUGCGAUGCUGCCGGGUGUACGUGCUUAUACCAAGUUGUCGCUCACGAGUUAUCAUUGUUGUAAUAAACAUGGCACCGCGCGGUUUGCUGGCGUGGCUCGCCGGCUUCAUAUGCUGCGCUUACGCACGUGAAUGUAUCGAAGUUACCAUAAAAGACAACAUACUGAAAGAAUCGAUCUUCAAUAGGACAUUGUUGAAUGUUGUCAAAAAUGAUAGUUACGAAGAAAGUGUGCGGUUCAAUGUACUGGGACUGUGGGAUAAGUUCCCCAGGAUCAUGGUGCCGGUGAAUGGGACCAGUGAACAGUGUCGGAGGGACAGUCAGCUGUUUUUGGACAGCCUCGACCAGUUGGAGUUGUGGGCGUUGAGAAUGUUUGACGCAACGGCCAAGCCGCCGGCCGGUAUACUGAGCGGGAAUGCCAACCAAUAUGGCGACUUCGACGAAUGCUUGGCGGUCGAUGGGGCGGUGCGUGGCAAAUACUGUUUGGCGUCACUGCAAGUUGACAUCGGUGGAGAUAUGGGAUACGAUUAUUUGGACUAUUUGAUACAUAGUGGCCAUUACCUCAGAAGCAAUGUCACAGAUAUGGGCCACCGCCUUCCAAGGUAUUCAAGUAUUCUAUGGGGUGUCUGCAUUCCGAGCACAUGCAGCAGCUUCGACCUGGAAGACGAGCUGUCCUACAAGCUGUCUCACCUCGGCAUAUCUGUGCGAGUUCAGAACACCAUGUGUACUGUCAAAGAUGUUAAACGCCCAUAUUCUUUUGGGAAAACAUUAUCUAUAACAUUUUUUCUGGCCAUUAUCCUAUUGUUAAGUUUGGGAACAAUGCUGGAUGACGGCAAGGAGGGCGGGACGAACUUCGAGAAACUUCUCAACGCGUUUUCUUUGAAACGCAAUUUGAGGAAAGUAUUCGACUUGUCAGACUCGCCAACAAGAGUUAAAGGAGUCGACGCUUUCAGAGGAUUAAAUGCUUUUGCUCUGCUCCUUGCGCAUAAAUCGAUGGCUAUGGCACACAACCCUUAUGUAAACAAGACAAGCUUUUCUGAGGUAUUCGGAAUGCCGUGGGCAGUCAUCGGUCGGUCAGCUAUAGUAUACACGGACAGCUUCCUUUACCUCAGCGGGUUUCUGAACGCGCACAAUUUGCUUCAAGAACUGGAAAGAAAAGGCACCAUCGACAUGAAGAGCAGAUUGCUAACCAGAUGGUUCAGACUGUUUCCAUUGUUCCUGAGCCUAAUGCUGUUCUGCACGUACAUCCUCCCUGACGUCAACAACGGGCCCCAGUGGAACUUGGUGGUGGAGGAGCACAGCCGAGUCUGUGAGAAGAACAUGUGGAAGAGCUUCCUCUUCAUUCACAACUACUUCGGCUUCGAGGAAAUGUGUCUAACCCACACACACCAGAUCGGCAUGGACAUGCAACUGUACGUGGCGACCCUCCCCCUCAUGCUUGUGCUGUGGAGGUUCCGCACCUUCGGCCUGGCGCUGAUACUGGGCGUGGCCACAGCAUCCACUGCUCUGAGAUAUCUCGCCAUACAGUGGUACGACAUCAGCAUGUUCGUGUAUUAUGGGAUUUCAGUCCAGAAACUGUUAGACGCCGCGAGAUAUUCGUACAUUCUGCCGACACACCGCGCAACUAUAUAUUUAAUUGGAGUGAUUAUGGCAUAUUUCAUGAAGUCCAAACGGUCACACAUUAAUCUCAGUAAUAGCCAAGUGCGACUAGUGUGGGCGGCGUGCUUCGCGCUGGGCGCAUACGCCGUGGCGAGCCCGUACCGGCAGGGGCUGGCGGGGUACCGCUACGAGCACUUCGACGCCGCCAUGUUCGCCGCGCUCACCCCCGUGCUGUGGGGCGCCUUCAUGUGCAUCGCGCACUGGUGCAUCUGUUAUGACUACGCCGGCAUAGGCUCGUUGUUGGUAGAAUCACCAAUGUUUAAGUUCUUCAACAAAAUCGCUUACGCCGUCUACCUCACCCAGUUCCCAGUGUUCUUCUAUAAUGUGGGCAUUCAGAGACAUUCCGAACACUAUACGCCCUUCUUACUGAUCCACGUCCCAGAAAUGGCCGCAGUAUUUCUAGUUUCAAUCAUGGCCACAGUCACCAUCGAGAUGCCCUUCAACCAAGUGUAUAGGAUAUAUUUUGGAAAAUCACAAACGAAAUUAAAAGACAAAUGAGAAAACAUAAGAUAUGACUGAAUUAUAAAUAAAUGUGUGAAUGGAACAUCACGUAUAAUUAGUUUGUAUUGUUUGACUGUUUUGUACGAUAUUUUAUAAGUGUAGGACAAAUUGUUUAAUGUAAGAAAAAUAAAUUAAAGAAAUACAAAUGACGCUAA